AUCCAGUAUGACAUUCACUCCUCUGUGGUACUCAGCACGUGGUUUACGUACCUCCCCUACGGUUUGUGUCAUUUGGAAUGUUGCCAUCAGUGUCUGUUGAACAUGGGAAUAUUGACUGAUGUGUUAACCAACGGGUCAUCUUCAAGAUUAAGAUACGUUUGUAUUUAUUUGCCUCAUAUUUCUUAUGUGUACUUGUAUAUUUCGUUUGUUCUAGACAACUGUCCAAAUGGAGAUGUAUUUGUAGACUGUCACAUACUAAAUCAGGACACGAAAGGUCUAUGCUACAGUGAAAGAAAUACCAGGGGUUGUUGUGAAACAUGUCCACUUUUCAAGUCGGCAGUAGCAAAUUGCACAUAUGGUGAUCGUGACUCUGACUGUGACACUGUUAUUACUCAGGAACAGAAAGGUCUUUGUUACAAUGAAAACAAGGCCUAUGGCUGUUGUGAGACUUGCCCAGCCUACUCGUCAGGAGGUGACUGUCCCUAUGGCGACAACACGUUUAAUGAUCCAUGUGCCUAUAGCAACUGUAUCAUUGCUGGUCCCGACUACAUUGGAAGGUGUUUUGACACUUGUCGCAAUUUUACGUCACAAUCUACCACAACUACAACAACUACUACUGUACCAACAACUACCACAGCUACACUAACAUCUACCACAACUGCACCAAUAAUUACCACAACUACACUAAUAACACCAAUAACUAUCACUUUACCAACUACCACAACUACUACAACUGCACCAAUAACUACCACUUUACCAACUACCACUACCACAAUAGUAUCUACCACAAUUACACCAACAACUAACACAACUGCACCAACAGCUACACCAUCAACUACCACUACUCUCCCAACAACCUCAACUACUAUACCAACAACUACAACAACUACCUCAGCAUCUACUACAACUGCACCAACUACCACAACUACACCAAUUGCUAUCACAACAACUAACACUACACCAGCAACUACCCCAACGGCACCAAUAACUACCACUUUACCAACUACCACAAUUACACCAACAACUACCGCAACUGCACCAAUAACUACCACUUUACCAACUACCACAACUACACUAACAACUACCACUACUACACCAAUAUCUACGACAAUUACACAAACAACUACUACAACUGCACCAACAGCUAAGCCAUCAACUACCACUACUCUCCUAACAACCUCAACUACUACACCAACAACUACAACAACUAUACCAGCAUCUACUACAACUGCACCAACUACGCAUACCACAACUACACCAAUUCCUAUCACAACAACUACCACAACAGGACCAAGAACUACUAGACCUACAACUUCCACUAGUACACCAACAACUACCACAACUACAUCAACAACUACUUCAACUACACCAACUACGACUACAACUACACCAACGACUGCCACAGCUACACCAACAACUGUCACAACUACACCAACGACUUCGACUACGCAAUUAACUACCACUACACCAACUACAACGCCAACUACAUCAACAAUUCCUACAACAGCCAGCACAACACAAAGUUCCUCACCUCCAUCAAAACAAGCUACCAGUACAAGAAUAGUGUCCAGCACAGCUACAGUCAUAGCAGGACCUACAUCUACAACUUUAGGCUUAUCUCUUCCCACCACGACAGUCAAUGCUCUCAGUGAGCAAAAAAUAAUCAUAGGGGCGAGCUUCGCUUUCAGUCUCGGGAUAAUUGUCAUCCUCAUUGUGCUCAUCGUCUUUGUCGAAAGAGGCAUUUGCAGAAUGGGGACAAAACGAAAACCUACGCCAACACGAACCGGAGACUUGGAUUACAAGGCUCCGCCUCUAGGAGUGUCUUCAAGGGGGCUCUCCUCAUACUCAACACGUUUUAAUGUUGGUCGAUUAGCCUAGGCAAUAAUACCCAGUGCAGUUCAUCCCACGCAUGCCCAAUCAUAGUUUUAAGCAACGACAGUGGCUAGACUUUUGAAACUGGUCCACAGACUUACCCACCUUCAAAUAUUGAAAUAAAAAGUAGUCGGGUCCUAUUUGUUCGCCUUACAUUUAUUGUCAAUUUCUAGAACCUGGUGUGCGAUAUUACCAAUCUUAUAUAUUUUUCACCACUGUUCCUGCCAUAUCAAUCAGUCUGUUGAUCUGAUUAGAUGUUGGUUUAUUUAAUUAAAAGUGUAUGUUAUUCAGUCAAAAUGACAUAAAAUAUUUGACCAUUUUCAUUCAUAAUCGUUAGAACUAACAUAUUACCGCAGGCCAAUCAGCGUGUCAUACUUACAUAUACCUUUUUACAUUCCUGGUAUCAUCAUUGAUUUUCAGAGAUCCAUUCAUAGACGUAUUAUUAUCUUGCGUUGACGUUCUAUAUUGACAAUAUAUGGUCAAAUAUAUUUCUCGUUGGCCUCUUUACUGUUCAUAUCGCACAGUUCACAAACCGAUUUACUACAACAUAUAAACGAAACCAGUUUCUAUGAGUCAGAGUGUUGGGUGUAUAUCGGUUUUGUGACGUUCUUUAUGUACUUUCGUCAUGACUUACAAAAUUUAGAACUUUAUGGCAUGAACUCAAUGACGAAGGGAGGUUUGGCAGUGUAAAUAAACAUAUGUAUAUUAUUUACCUUUCCAUUAAUUUUUGUAGUAUUGUGUAAAUAAACUUAAAAUGCCACUGAAAAUCGUUAUAUGUUAUCU